UGAGGCUAUGCAGUGGUGCUGAACUCCUGCAGAGCCAGUAGUGCAAUGUCACCAAUCAAAGCACUUCAAAAUCAAAAUAUUUUUGAUCCGAAUGUCUCACUGUAAUUAAACCCUUAUGGAAGUCUCACCAUCGUAGAGAAUAAAGAAGAUAGAUAGAUAAUAGAAGAUAAUGUUUUCCCACAGUAUUACACUUACAGUAGAGCUGGCUAAUGCUACUGCCUAUGAUUUGAAAUUAAACAUUGUCUCACUUCUAAAAUUAUUAUUCACAUUCUGCAUCCCACAAAUUUACCACAACAAUCAAGAGCAGGUUUUAGGCACAUGUACAAUGAUUGUGAUUUAUUAAAUAUAUAUUAAAUAUGUUAAUAUUGCAACAACUUUAGCUGGAGCUUUGGCAACUAAAUGUUAGUAGACAAAAAGAAACAAAAUAUCAUUUUAUGUCAUCGCUCAGUGUCAGUGUAACAAUACUUGAUGUGUAUCAUAUCACUUUUGAUGUCAUUACAGGGGUCUGGUUUUUCACUUUGUGUCAGUGGUUUCAAACUCCCAGCCUCCUGGUUACUUUCAGCCCACAAAUGGCUAGAUUUGUUGUACUGACAGUUGAACGCUCCAAUGAAAUUGUGGUGGCAGCGUUGGUACCCUGAUUAUUAGAGUUCGAAACCCUUGCUUUAUGUGAAACUUUGAAUUCUUGGCAAAAUGUCUGUGAAUGUUUCCCACUGUGAAUAGUCUUGUUGGAAACUUCUGGAUGGGGAUGUAACAAUGGUAUUGUGAAAACAGUGACUUGAUUCAGAUAUUUGAGUGAAUGUGAGAUCAUGUCUGUCGGUUCUCAAUCAUCCAAGCCAUUUACCCAAAGCAAGACAACCAAGACAGUCCAGCCCAGAACCCCACUUAACUGCUUUGUUUCGUUGUAUCCAUGUGUUACAAUGACAAUAAAGACCAUAAAUAAAUAAAAUAAAGGUUACAUCAUAAUAUAAUGAUAUUUUAGUUCCUGUUAAUGUUUAGGAAAUCUGUGGAGUUUCUGGUGGUAGUUUGUGUAACACUGCAGACAAUUUUGCAAUUGUUACUCUUUUUGUUGGCUUCCUUUAAAAGCGAAAUUCAAGAAGUCCAAGUCUGCUUGGAGCUGACAACAAGCCCAGAGGAAUGAAACUGGAUCCAGAUGAAACCAGUGUAUUAUAUUAGGUAACCUUUCCUUCUUUAUAAACAGUUGACACUAGAAGCAACAGAAACUGGCACAUCUCAAAACACUCUCCUCCUUCAGACGCAGCUUUUACACCAGAAUUAGCUGCAUAAGAAAGUAGAGCAACAUCAGUGUUUCUGAGAAAUAACUCAAUCGAAUACUUAAAUGUACAUGUUUUGGUUUGGAUAAUGAAAGUGAAGAGUGAAUUGCUGUGCUGGACAAUAAAAGCUUAAUUCUGUACAGUACUGUACUACAGGUAUAAACCUGUCACUCUUUUAUAUAUGAUUUGCAAACACUAAAAAUCGAAAAUUAAUUAAUCAAUAAUUCAAUCAAAUAAUUAAAAACUUUGUAUUUGAUGAUUUUAGAUUGAGAGAUUUUCUGUUUUCUCCUAUAUUUUUUGUAUUUUUCUUCUGUCUAUCUGCAGAGUGUGUACAGAUCAUAUACAGUCACAACCCUGUGUUCUGGUCUGUUGUGGCAGCACCAUUUAACUGUAGUGGCCCUGACUCUAGCUGAGGUUAGCUCAGGUUUCUGUUGUCACAGCAACAUCUUAGAUCGCUGGAUGGAUGAAUGGAUGAAUUGAAAGAUAGAUAGAUGAACUUUCCUGAGUAUUCACUCAUGGCCCACACUGCAUCAUUUUUAUGAUGUGACAAUGGGAAUUGAAGGUAAUGUUGCUAAGAGUUGCCACCCGUUGUGUGUUAAAGAACUAUUGUGAAAAUUGAUUUGUAAAAGAACUCUGACUUUCUCUUUGAGCACUGUAAAAAAGGGUGGGGAGGUAAAAGAAAAAGAACAUACACACACGCCCAUGACAAAUCUGUUGUGUGUGCCAGAGAUUCUUCCAGAGAUGUUCACAGCACUUCCUUUGACACCCAUCUAAAGGUUUUCAAUGGGGUGUAUUACUUAACUUUCCAUGCAUGGUAAAGGUUGGUCAUAUCUCUUCAUCCACACUGCAGAGAUGCUACUUGUCUGAAGGAGAGAGUUAAACCCUAUUCGCAGCUAUGAGUGUGCUAAUUCGUAAGCUUAGGACAGCUGGAACCCUGUGCGGUUGUUUUUUUUUCGUUAUCAGCCUCAACUUCAUAUAUACAAGGUAUUUUUCCAAAGUCCCUUUGAGCAACUGGGCCACAAACAAUGAUGAAUUAAAGGAACUCUUUGAUGCUGAUAUUACACUAAACUAUGGAGCCAGAACAGAUGUUACGACAAUAAGUUCUUGGAAAGCUCCGAUUAUGUGGGAGGGAAUGUUUGACCCAAAUGUUUAUGACCGAAUGCACAUUCACUUCGGGUCCAAUGUGGCAGUCACUGUGUUUGCUGUUGGCAGGUAUCUGGAUGUCUACCUGUUGAAUUUCCUUAACUCUGCAGAAAGGUACUUCAUGGUGGGAUUACCAGUGAAAUACUAUGUGUUUACAGACACACCAGAGAAAGUACCAAAGGUUGCGCUUGGUCACAAGCGAAGCAUGAAGGUUCUCAAGGUGGACAGAUACGAUAGGUGGCAAGACAUCUCCAUGAUGCGCAUGCAGACCAUAUCAGAGAUCAUAGAAUCAGAGAUACGUUACAGCUUCAGAUACGUCUACUGCUUUGAUGUGGAUCAAGUGUUUAAAGGCAGGUUCGGCUCAGAGGCUCUGGGUGAUUCUGUGGCCAUGAUCCAUUCCCAGUUUUAUAGAUAUCCAAAGUACAGGUACACCUUUGACAAAAACCCUCAAUCCAAGGCGUUCAUGAAAGUUGGAGACUUAUAUUACCACGCUGCAGUCUUUGGAGGAUCAUGGGAGAACGUGAAGAAUUUGACAGACACCUGCUACGAAAACAUCAUGGUGGACAAAAUAAGAAACGUUGAAGCUUUGUGGCACGACGAGAGUCAUCUGAAUAGAUUCUUUUUUGACAACAAACCGACCAAGCUGCUCUCACCUGAAUACUGCUGGAAUGAGAUUUUCCCUGACCAGGACAUACGCGUACCCCGAUUAGUAUGGGCACCAAAAUAUUAUGACACACUUCGUACUUAAAACAUUGACCAGUCAUGUUGAAAACUCAACUAUAAGGUAUAAGGUAUAAAGGGGUUUUUAUUAUAGAAGCCAGGCUAUUAAACAAUUUGAAAUGGUAAAAGAAAGGGUCAGAUUUGAGCAUUUUAUUUUAAUUAGGAAAUAUUUGAAAUGUACUUAUUUUCUUUUCUUUUCUUUCUUUUUUUUGGCUUAUUUAAGGUAGAAGCUGUCCCAUGUUACAGAAAAGACACUUAAAAGACAGCAGAGGGUAUAUAUGAAUUAAGUUAUUGUCAGGGAUUAUUAUUUUUGACUUGUCUUGUCUUAUUAUUUAUUUUUAUGGAUUCUGAAGAAAACACUCAAUCUGUUAUUAGUUAUGUUGUUUCAUUCUGUUUUGAGGACUUUCUAAGGAAAAUAAAGCUAUGUUGACUUUGAAUUAA